UGUUUAUAAAACAGAAAUCGAAAAAGUAUACGAAAUUUUUGAACUGUACAUUUCUUCAGCAUACAGAUCUCGUCAACAGGUAUACGUUGAGCAUGUCAACAUUUUAAAUUCCCAUUCUAAUUACACAAGCAAAGCUUUUGUUAUAGCAUGAACUCUUUUUUUCCAACCUAAGUUGCAAAAUUGUUGCGACGCAAAUGUUGCUGCGACAAAAUGUGUUCAUUUUGAAAGUGUUCAUUUUGAUCAAUAAUCAGCUAUUAAGUACUGCCAAUGCUAAGGAUAUUAACAGACUUUUAUAUAACAAAUAGCACUUAAGCUUCAAUGUAUCAUGGUUAGGUAGCGUAGAGAUAGGGAAGCAGACCAGCAGCAAAAUAAGAGGGUUCGAAUCUGGGCAGGGUCGGAUGUUAUUAAUGAAUUUUUUCGUAUACCAGUUAAAACGCGUCCGCUCUAUAAAUUGUGUGUUGGUUCGUAAAAAUGUUCAGUUAAUCUUAUAUCGGCUUAGUCGCUUUGUAUUGCGUUGUUUGAAGUGGAUAUCAAAGUUUCAUGAGAUUUGUGCUGCUGGUAAUUUUUCACUCAACGGUUGUCUACCCAAUUUGUAUUGGCCUAGCCAAUUGGGCGUCUACCCAGUGCCUAUAAAACUUGAUUCAAUGUUUGUUUACUGCUGACAUUUUUGGACGUUUUUCUUCAAAGUUAACUUCAUUCAAAGCAAACGUAUGGAAAUUUUUGUAAAACGUAGUUUCUGAUAUUAUCCCAACAAUUUUUUCAACUAUAGACUCCCGCUCUUUUUUGUCUGUGGUUGGAAUAGCAAGUGGUUGGAAGCUCUGUUUAACCUCUGUGCUUUGAUAAAAAUAAAAAACGAUACCAUGUUCAUUUGAUGGAACAUUUCAGAACUUCUAUUGGAAGUCAAAAUGGCCAACAUUUGGUUUGCAGGCAGCAUCGCCGAGUCAAUCGCGGAAUCAAAAAGACGAAAUGCUGUUUUCAUUGUUUUUGCUUGCGACAGCUCCGAAAAGACUAAAGAAAUGGAAGACACCUUAAACGACUCAGACGUUGCAAACGUCGUAACUGAUUCAGUUUUGAUUAAAGUCGAGCAAUCUACAACAUCCUUUACGCAAUUUACACAAUUUUAUCCAGUUAUGAUAGUUCCGACAACUUAUCUUAUAGCACCCAAUGGAACACCUCUUGAAAUAAUUGCUGGUUCAUGCUCAAAAGAGGAUUUAAUAUCGAAGAUUCAGUCAACGAAAGAAAAGUUUCGCCAGCAGGCGGAAUUAUCGAAUGUCCAGCCAUCGUCAGAAGAGGCCUCAAACGCUGCGCCAUCUUCUGCAAGUAUCGAAGAGCGGACUAAAUAUGCUCAAGAAAAAUUGGAAGAGAUUCGACGAAAGAAACAAGCGGAAGCUCAAGCGGCUGAGAUUGAAGAUGAAAAAAGGCGGAAAGCACAGAUGUCUGAGUUGACAAGGGCAAAACAGGAGGCAGAGGAGAGAGAAAUGAAGCAGAUAGCUGAAGAGAGGAGGCGGGAGAAGGAGGAGGACAGGCUCGCAAGGGAGGCAAUCAAAGCCAGAAUCGCACAAGACAAAGCUGAUCGAGCAGCUAAGUUUUCAAAAGAAAAAGCUGAUAGCGAGACUGCGAACCUCAUCACGGUCCAGUCUCAGCCAACACCUCCUCCCGCGUUUGACGGAAUCGUCAGAAUCCAACUGAGGUUUCCAGACGGCACACAUGAGACAAUGACAGCCCCUGCGGAAAGUCAGCUUCUGGAACUGAAGCAAUCUGUGCUCACAAAUUACUGCGAUCGAAUCGGUAGCGGUUAUUUCAAUCUCGCUGUUCCCUACCCUCGAAGAGUCUUCACAGAUGAAGAAAUGUCAGAGACACUUGAGAGUUUGUCGCUGAUUCCCUCGACUGUUUUAGUCGUGCUGCCUUUGCGUGGAAAGCAGACACGAAGUGCGCCUUCAGCUAACUCAAGUAAUCAGUCCGUUGGUUUUAUUGGACAAAUAUUUGCUUUGUUUGCUGCUUUUUUCACAUUCCUGAUGUCAAUUUUCACCGGAGGCAACAGGGAGAGAAAUCUGACCGACGGUCAAUCAGCGAGAACCACUGGAGGUCAAAGUUCAAGUCGCGAGGUCGCGGGUUCGAGUUCGUCUGACCUGAGGCGAAGAAAGAAAGAUACAGAAAAGCCAGAAAGUAGAAAUAUUCAUCGACUUAAUUCAAAAGACAACGACGAUGAUGAAAACAAUACAUGGAAUGGAAAUUCGACUCAACAGAUGUAAAUUGCUUGGAUGUAAAUUUGACGUGGUUUUAAUGUUGUGAAUUUCUCAAAAUCAUAUUUACCUAUAUCGAAUUGUUCAAAUGUAUUUAUCGUUUACCUAUAUGAAAGUAACUUAUAUGAAGAUAAGUUACUUUCAACUCCUCGGAGUAGUUUUGGGCUCCGGUUUAAAGUUUCGAUUAAAUUUUUUGAAAGCA